AUGCGUCUCUCCUCCCUCCUUACACUCGCCGCCGCAGGGCUCACCUUCCUGACGGUCUCCGCGCAAGACUGCUGGAGCAGCUCCAGAAUCACUUGCCGCAACGCCUUCGCCAACAAGACUGCGGCUCACAAUGCCAUCACUGCCGCUUGCGACGCAAUGCCCUCCUGCGCGCCCGGCACCACCGUCACCGGCAAAGUCCCCGGCUACACCGCAACCCUCCGUCUCGGCACCGCCUGCGCGGGCGUCAACCCCUGGACGAAGGACGCGUGCGUGGCGCUGUUUGAGGGGAAGCUGUAUCCGCAGUGCAAGACGAAUGAGAGCUUGCCGUAUCAAGAGUUCCCGCCGAAGCCGUGGCCGCCAGUUGCGCCGGUGGACUUUCCUUUGGCGAGCAAGCUGAGUACGUGUGAUGAUAGUUGGUUGAGCUUCAAUGUGGGUGGGUAA